UGACCAGCACUGUCUAUUUUUUUGUGGCCGGCAACUCGAACAGAAGCAAGUUCAAAAUGGCGCUGGAUGAAUAAUUUGUAAAAAAUUUUAAUCCAAAGCCAUCGUUGAUAAAAUGUGUGAAAUAUUGAAAUAGAUUAACAAAAGAGUCCAUCGUUUCAUCAUGUAUUUGUAUAAUUUAACACUGCAGAAGGGAACGGGUGUGACCCAUGCAAUCCACGGUAAUUUUUCCGGGGGCAAGCAGCAAGAGGUGCUGCUGUCACGUGGUAAAUCUUUGGAGCUCCUCAGGCCCGAUCCCAACACGGGCAAAGUUCAUACAUUGAUGUCCACAGAGAUUUUUGGGUGCAUACGAGCUCUGAUGUCCUUUCGUUUGACUGGCGGCACAAAAGAUUAUAUUGUUGUGGGCUCUGAUUCCGGCCGCAUUGUCAUUUUGGAGUACAUUCCCGCCAAAAAUGCUUUAGAGAAAGUGCAUCAGGAGACAUUUGGAAAGACGGGUUGUCGUCGCAUUGUGCCGGGACAAUAUUUUGCCAUUGAUCCCAAAGGUCGUGCCGUCAUGAUUGGCGCCGUUGAGAAACAAAAGCUGGCCUAUAUCAUGAAUCGUGAUACGCAGGCACGUUUGACUAUCUCAUCCCCAUUGGAGGCACAUAAAUCGAAUACCCUCACCUAUCACAUGGUCGGCGUCGAUGUGGGCUUCGAUAAUCCCAUGUUUGCCUGCCUCGAGAUUGACUAUGAGGAGGCCGACUUAGAUCCCUCAGGCGAUGCCGCUCAGCAUACUCAACAAACUCUGACAUUCUACGAAUUGGAUUUGGGUCUAAACCACGUGGUACGAAAAUAUUCUGAGCCAUUGGAGGAGCAUGCCAACUUUUUGGUCUCUGUUCCUGGCGGCAAUGAUGGGCCAUCGGGUGUGCUCAUUUGCUCGGAGAAUUAUCUAACAUAUAAGAAUCUCGGCGAUCAGCAUGAUAUACGUUGCCCCAUACCCAGGCGUCGUAAUGACUUGGAUGAUCCAGAGCGUGGCAUGAUCUUCAUAUGCUCGGCCACUCAUCGAACAAAGAGCAUGUAUUUCUUUUUACUGCAAACCGAGCAAGGUGACAUUUUCAAGAUCACCCUUGAAACGGACGACGAUGUUGUAUCGGAGAUUAAACUUAAAUAUUUUGAUACUGUGCCCCCAGCAACGGCAAUGUGUGUGCUAAAGACUGGUUUUCUCUUUGUGGCCAGUGAAUUUGGCAACCAUUAUCUCUAUCAGAUUGCUCAUUUGGGUGAUGAUGACGAUGAGCCCGAAUUCAGUUCGGCCAUGCCCUUAGAGGAGGGCGAGACAUUCUUCUUUGCGCCGCGAGCCUUGAAGAAUCUUGUACUGGUCGAUGAGUUGCCAUCGUUUGCACCGAUUGUAACAUCUCAGGUGGCUGAUUUGGCCAAUGAGGAUACACCGCAAUUGUAUGUUCUAUGCGGACGUGGACCACGUUCCACAUUGCGUGUUCUCCGACAUGGCCUGGAAGUAUCCGAAAUGGCUGUCUCUGAAUUGCCCGGCAAUCCGAAUGCUGUAUGGACUGUAAAGAAACGUGUUGACGACGAAUUUGAUGCCUAUAUUAUCGUGUCCUUUGUUAAUGCCACUCUUGUCCUGAGUAUCGGCGAGACAGUUGAGGAAGUUACGGACAGCGGUUUCCUGGGCACAACGCCGACUUUGUGUUGUGCCGCAUUGGGUGACGAUGCCCUAGUUCAGGUUUAUCCGGAUGGCAUACGACAUAUACGUUCCGAUAAGCGUGUCAAUGAAUGGAAGGCUCCUGGCAAGAAAUCCAUUACCAAAUGUGCUGUUAACCAACGCCAAGUGGUCAUCACUCUAUCAGGCCGAGAACUGGUCUAUUUCGAAAUGGAUCCGACUGGCGAGUUGAACGAGUAUACGGAACGUUCUGAAAUGCCGGCUGAAAUUAUGUGCAUGGCUCUGGGCACCGUUCCCGAUGGUGAGCAACGUUCAUGGUUCUUAUCUGUGGGAUUGGCUGACAAUACAGUGCGGAUACUCUCGUUGGAUCCAAAUAAUUGCUUGUCCCCAUGCUCAAUGCAAGCAUUACCCUCGCCGGCAGAAUCUCUCUGUUUGGUUGAGAUGGGCCACACGGAGAGCACAACGACUGCGGUCGGUGAUGAAGAUGUGCCUGCCCAACGUAGCGGCGGCAGCAAUAAGGGAACAAUAUACUUAAAUAUUGGACUGAGCAACGGUGUGUUGCUUCGUACCGUCUUGGAUCCAGUCUCCGGUGAUUUGGCCGAUACACGAACUCGUUACUUGGGUUCACGGCCUGUUAAGCUAUUCCGCAUCAAAAUGCAGGGCUCAGAGGCUGUACUUGCCAUGUCUAGUCGCACUUGGUUGUCGUAUUAUCAUCAGAAUCGUUUCCAUCUCACGCCAUUGUCGUACGAGACCCUGGAGUAUGCCUCGGGCUUCUCCAGCGAGCAGUGUAGUGAGGGUAUUGUGGCCAUUUCCACCAAUACGUUGCGUAUCUUGGCUCUUGAGAAGCUGGGCGCUGUUUUCAAUCAGGUGGCAUUCCCAUUGCAAUACACUCCACGUACAUUUGUCAUUCAUCCGGAUACGGGUCGCAUGCUAAUUGCCGAAACUGAUCACAAUGCCUACACAGAGGAUACGAAGAGUGCGCGUAAAGAGCAAAUGGCCGAAGAGAUGCGCAAUGCAGCAGGAGACGAGGAGCGUGAGUUGGCCAGGGAGAUGGCGAAUGCAUUUAUUAGCGAAGCUCUGCCCGAGGAUGUCUUCUCGGCACCCAAAGCUGGCCUAGGCUUGUGGGCCUCACAGAUUCGUUGUCUGGAUGCCAUGCAUGGCCAGACAAUGUUCAAUGUGCCGCUAACACAGAAUGAGGCCAUCAUGUCGAUGGCCAUGCUCAAGUUUUCCAUUGCUGCCGAUGGUCGUUACUAUUUGGCUGUGGGCAUUGCCAAGGAUCUGCAAUUGAAUCCGAGAAUCUCGCAGGGUGGUUGCAUUGAUAUCUAUAAAAUUGAUCCCACAUGUUCUAGCUUGGAGUUUUUGCAUCGAACUGAAAUUGAAGAGAUUCCUGGAGCAUUGUGCGGCUUCCAGGGUCGCCUGCUGGCCGGAUGUGGGCGUAUGCUUCGCAUCUAUGAUCUCGGCAAGAAGAAGAUGCUCCGCAAAUGCGAGAAUAAACACAUUCCCUAUCAGAUUGUCAAUAUUCAGGCCAUGGGUCAUCGAGUCUAUGUCUCCGAUGUCCAAGAGUCGGUUUUCUUUAUACGCUAUCGUCGUGCCGAAAAUCAGUUGAUUAUAUUCGCCGAUGAUACGCAUCCGCGAUGGGUGACAGCCACCACAUUGCUGGACUAUGAUACGAUUGCUAUAGCCGAUAAAUUUGGCAAUUUGAGUAUUCAACGCUUGCCGCAUUCUGUCACCGAUGAUGUGGACGAGGAUCCCACGGGCACAAAAUCAUUAUGGGAUCGUGGCCUACUUUCGGGUGCAUCCCAGAAAUCGGAAAACAUUUGCUCGUUUCAUGUGGGCGAAAUUAUCAUGUCAUUGCAAAAGGCCACCCUGAUUCCGGGUGGCUCUGAGGCUCUCAUCUAUGCCACACUGAGCGGAACAGUCGGAGCCUUCGUUCCAUUCACCAGUCGCGAGGAUUACGACUUCUUUCAGCAUCUGGAGAUGCAUAUGCGUAACGAGAAUCCGCCAUUGUGUGGUCGUGAUCAUUUAAGCUACCGCAGCUCCUAUUACCCAGUCAAGAAUGUCCUAGAUGGCGACCUAUGUGAGCAGUAUUUAUCCAUUGAUGCGGUUAAGCAAAAGAGCAUAGCCGGCGACAUGUUCCGUACGCCCAAUCAGAUCUGCAAGAAAUUGGAGGACAUUCGAACACGAUAUGCCUUCUAAAGAUGCUCAAAAUGCUCGGAAAAGGCGAAGGAGAAGGAGAGGAACCUAUUAAUUUGGUUUAUGCGUUUUCGAAUGAAAGAAUGAGACGACGCAGCAGAUCUCGAUUUGGGAAACACACUUUUUAGUAUUUAAGAUCCCCUUCAUAAUGCAACCACUAAAACGACUGCCUAUUUAUAUUAGUCUAAGAUUAGUGUGUAUGGUGUGUUUUUGUGUGCGAUAAUUAAUUGUACAUUUCAUCAGGACACAAUUCAUCCAUCUAAAGUACACAACAAAUUUAAUUCAUUUAAUCUAAGUGAUUUUUCAAUAAAACUACAGCACUUAAUGCAAAAUGUA